AUGCAGAAUAACUCAGAACAAUCGACUGUGCAAACGUUAAUGAUGUCAAAUAUCGCGUCUUUCGAACGAUGCGUCAUAAAAUUGGUAGCGAAUUCUUUGAACGCACACGCCGCGGCAAUCGCAAUAAGAAUUCACGCGACAAAACGCGAAAUUCAAGUUAUCGAUAAUGGCGUCGGAAUAUCGAAAGACAUGCUCAAACAUAUCGCGAAAUAUAACGCAGAAGCCAUAGGCGAUCAGCAACAGAUAUGCGAACUGCUUGAAUCAAAUAAUCUGGCAGAUAUUCGUCGUUUGGCUGAUCGUCUUACGAUUACUUCAAGGCAUCAACAUUCUGAAGAGACGUUCAUGAAGGCAUUCGAGAUGGAAUCUUCAUUCAAUUUGAAGCAAGUAGAGCAGAGACCUUCGUGUGGCACAACGGUGUCCAUUUACGGUUUUCACGAAAUGCCUCACAAAAAGUGGGACACAUCUAUCAUUUGUUUUCUUAUCGCGGCUAUAGCUGUUACAAAAUUAGAAGUAUCAUUUUCGAUUAGAGACGAUGAACGGAAGAAGGUUGUUCUGAGAAUUGCGAAACCGCACAACUCGAUUGAAGUCCUGAGAACACUGGUUGGGAAGGAUCUGCCAUUGAAUCAUGUAUGGUCGAUACAAUGCGGUUCUGAACGUAACAGCAAUUAUCACGGUUAUGUGGGAUUAUCUGAUAAAAACGCGAUGCAGUGGAUAUUUUUAAAUCACAGACUGAUCUAUUGCCCUCUCAUUCUGAAGUUGAUUAAAAUUGUUUUCGAAGAGAAGCUAAAUUUGUUUUCCGAUCAGAAAUCUAAUGCGCGCGAUCCAUACGACGAAAAUGUGUUUAUCUUAUUCUUUCUUACGUUCUCACAGAAGGAAUUCACGCGCGAAAAUGGAAAAAUCAUGUUUCAUGAUAUGCAAAAGGUAUUGAAUACUGUUAAAAAUUGUGCCUUCCAAUGUCUCGCAGAUAAAGCUACAGUUUCUGUCAUUACUCCUUAUUUAUGUAAAAUGCGGCUUUUAAAACAAAUGUAUUUAAAAACAGAACAAUUUGUUUUUGCCAAUGAUAUCAAUAGAUGUAAAAAUGUUACACCUUCGAUGAUGAAAAGCAGAAUGAUUAUGUUUGAAAGAAGAAAAAUUACGUCAACAAUUACAUCAAGCAAUUAUUUCAACAAACAGCAUAGAGGUGAUAAUAUUGAAACUGCCAGCUGUUAUAUACACAAGGAAAAUAAUGAUGUAUUAAAUAGCAUCCGAUAUCAAAUAGAUCUUACUUCUGUGAAACGUGCAAACUAUGAGAAUAAAGCUAUGAAAAAGAUGCAUAAUGACAUUUAUAAAACGCAAGGAAAUUCCAUGAAUUUUGACAUAGCAAAUAAUUCUAUUAAACCUAAUACAAUUUAUUGUGAUAGCAAUAACAAUAAUCAUACUAUAAACAUGAUUUCUCCUCUUUCCGAAUGGUCGAAUUGGACUUAUUAUACAAAUAAUAAGAAGCGCGAUACUACGAGAAAUAUAUUUCCCGAAAAUGAUGAACAUUUUCGACAGUUUUUUGAACGUAACAAUAAUCAAUUUGAUUUCCUACCACGAAAACUGUACGGUCUUCUACAGCAUCAUCAUGUUAAAUUGACAAACGUAAAGUGCUUUAACAGUCCUAAUGAUACGAUUCCGUGUAAGUAA